UCGUUUCCGUGUCGGUGACGUCACCCUCUCAAUUCUAUUUUACAUUUACUUUCUUCUUCUUCUCUCUUUCAAUUCUCAAGUCUAAAGGCAGAGACAGCGACCUACUUUUGUUUCAAAAACUACAUCGUUUUCUAUCAGAAAUGUCUUACGAUUAUCUCUUCAAGUACAUAAUCAUCGGAGAUACUGGAGUUGGGAAAUCAUGUCUGCUCUUGCAGUUCACUGACAAGAGGUUCCAGCCUGUUCAUGAUCUCACCAUUGGUGUUGAGUUUGGUGCUCGUAUGGUUACCAUCGAUGGCCGCCCUAUCAAGCUUCAGAUUUGGGAUACUGCUGGACAAGAAUCUUUCAGAUCCAUCACAAGAUCUUAUUACAGAGGAGCAGCUGGAGCACUUCUGGUUUAUGAUAUAACUAGGAGAGAGACAUUUAAUCAUUUGGCUAGCUGGCUAGAGGAUGCCAGGCAGCAUGCAAAUCCCAAUAUGACAAUCAUGCUCAUUGGAAACAAGUGUGACCUUGCACAUCGGAGGGCUGUUAGCAAGGAGGAAGGAGAACAGUUUGCAAAGGAAAAUGGACUUUUAUUUUUGGAAGCAUCUGCACGAACAGCUCAGAAUGUUGAAGAGGCCUUCAUAAAGACUGCUGCUAAGAUCCUUCAAAAUAUUCAGGAAGGCGUGUUUGAUGUAUCCAAUGAGUCAUCUGGAAUAAAGGUUGGGUAUGGACGCUCACAAGGAUCGUCAGGUGCUAGAGAUGGAACAGUUGCUCAGCGAGGUGGAUGUUGCAGUUAACUGGAACCAAAAUCGAAUUCUGUAGUUAAUCAAUCCCUUUCUAGAACUUACAUAGGCGUUCCACACACUUAUAUCCUUAAGAAAUGUGAUCAAACUUUAUGGAAGACAUUCAAUGUAUAGAUGUUAUCUCACCUUUCUGUUUUUUAACUAAAUCAAUUUGUUUGUUCAACAAUUCAUCUCGUUUAAAUCCCCAAAUAUUGCUUUAUGGGUGUA